UUUUCAAGUCUACAACAUAAGCUUUGAAGACCACAUACAUAUACGUUGUUAGAAGGAGAAACAUUUCCAAGAGACUUUUUACAGCACAAAAUCUGAUAGAAGACAUGACGAACGUUUUCUUCACGGUUAACUUGGGAAUGGUACUUCUUUGCUUUCAAGGCAUUGCUAAUGCGGUGGGAACCAAUCCUUGCUUCCAAAAUUCUUGUUACCUUAUCUCUGAUGCGGAAUCACCCGCAACAUGGACCGACAACCGAGAAACCUGCAAACGAAAGGGUGGUGACCUUGUUUCCAUCGAGACCGAAGCAGAAUGGAGCUUCCUCAAUGAUGAAAUUCAAAAGCGUUGCAUUGGGCAACCUAACGAAUGGCACAUUGGCCUGAAUAAAGUGGGCGAAGUCUGGAAGUGGGUGAAUAAUAGCCCCCUGACCAUAGACAAGUGGCAAACAACCCAUGGCGAGCCUUCUGGUGAUGGAAAUAAAGCGGUAAUGUCAAAGGAUUACCCACCGACAAAAAAAGGGCUGUUUAAUGAUCUUCCAAAUUGGAUCAAAAGAGCUUACAUCUGUGAACUACCCAAAGAUUCCUAAUGAAGUCGGCAAAGAAAUGAUAGCACAGAGUAUGAUGGAAAUAUGUUUUGAUUCUUUCUACUUACUUCAAAUUUGUCUCAUUUUCGAAAGAACAAUAAAAAUGGAAUUGUAA